AUGUCAAUAAUAAGUCACAAUUUCUUCCUGCUCAUAUCUAUCUAUCUAUCUAUCUAUCUAUCUAUCUAUCUAUACAUCUAUCUAUAUCUAUCUAUCUAUCUAUCUAAAGAAAGAGUUCUUCCCGCUUCGAAACGAAAUAAUGACCUUUCCAAGCUUGCUAGUGUCGCCAAAGACAACGCAAAUAUGGUUGCAACUGAGAUUGCAAAACCAUCAGUGGUCAUUGUCACUUGUCUAUCUGUCUUCGUCUCUCCAUAUCUAAGUCUAUUUCUAUCUAUCUAUCUAUCUAUCUAUCUAUCUAUCUAUCUAUUUCCGUCCAUUCAUAUCUAUCUCUCUAUGUAUCUAAGUCUAUUCAUAUCUAUCCCAGUCUAUUCAUAUCUAUCUAUCUCAGUCCAUUCAUAUCUGUGCCUGUUCAUAUCUAUCUAUCUAUCUAUCUAUCUAUCUAUCUAUCUAUCUAUCUAUCUAUCUCAGUCUAUUCAUAUCUAUCUAUCUAUCUAUCUAUCUAGCAAGCUAGCUCGCUAUCUAGGUAUCUCAUCUAUUCAUAUCUAUCUAUCUAUCUAUCUAUCUAUCUAUCUAUCUAUCUAUCUAUCUAUCUCAGUCUAUUCACAUCUAUCUCAGUCCAUUCAUAACUGUGCAUGUUCGUAUCUAUCUAUCUAUCUAUCUAUCUAUCUAUCUAUCUAUCUCAGUCUAUUCAUAUCUAUAGUAAUUCAGUCCAUUCAUAUCUAUCGAUGUAUCUAUCUAUCUACACCUAUAGAUAAAAACCGUUAA